UAAUGUGCCGGCAUAUGCCAAUGUACAUAGCGGAUUUUACAUGUCAUAAGCAAGACAGAUAGUUUCAAGUAUUGUGUAUUGAACAACGUUGUGUUUGUGGCUUCAAACAUGUCUAUAAAACAAGGGUUCCGUGUAACAAAUGCGUUUGCCAAAAUAAAUAAUAGUGUGUUUAGUGUGGUAGCGAGGAAGAUUCAUGUGUGGAAUGAUGAUAAAACAGUGAAUUCUCCCUACAAGGAUGUAGUUAUUCCCGAGACGACGCUGGCGGAAUAUGUUUGGCAAGUUUUGGAUAAACACCCCACUAAGACGGCGACGAUAUGUGCUAUAACGAAAAGGCAUUACACGUUCGAGCAAAUAUAUAAACAGAGUCAAACAUUAGGUGCUAACCUUAGAAGAAAAUUCAAUAUACAAGAUGGAGAUACUGUCGCUGUCUUACUGCCAAAUAUACCAGAGUACCCAACUGUGGUAUUCGGUAUAUUAAAUGCUGGGGGAAUCGUCACUACACUAAAUCCCAUAUACACUGCUUAUGAAGUACAACGACAGAUACAGUUGUCUGAAGCAAAAUUAAUAGUAACACUUCCAGAACUGGUUACUGUAGUGAAUAAAGCUUUAGAAUUAGCAAAAGUGAAUAUUCCCGUAAUAGCUGUGAAUACAAAUCAAGAUUUACCUGACGGCACAGUUUCAUAUAAAGAGCUUGUUGAAGAUAAUCAUGUUGAUUUAAACGUUUUGAAACAAGUAAAGAGAAACGUCAACGAUGUAGCAUUUCUACCAUAUUCCAGUGGAACGACUGGACUUCCUAAAGGAGUGGAGCUAACUAAUAAAUGCCUUGUAGCAAAUUUACAACAACAAACUACUGACAUGAGAAUGUACUCGUUUACAACAGAGACCAACCAAGAUUCCGUAUUGGCUGUGUUGCCAAUAUUCCACGUAUACGGCUUAUCUUAUGUAAUGCUACAAAGUCUCACAGCUGGUCUGAAGCUUGUCACGUUGCCUAAAUUUCAGCCGGAUACAUUUCUUCAUUCAUUACUAGAGUACAAAAUUAACAAUCUUUAUUUGGCUCCGCCUAUGGUUUUGUUUCUUGGCUCACAUCCUCAGGCUACGAGCAAACAUUUGGAGUCAUUACGUGUUAUGGUUUCCGGAGCAGCGCCACUAUCUCGGGUGGAUUUAGAUAAGCUUAUGGGUAAAGUCAAGCAUGAAUUUCACUUCACACAAGGAUAUGGCAUGACGGAAGCUUCGCCUUUGGUCACAAUAAGUCCUAUAGGAAGCAAGGAAUACGAGACAUCUGGAUUUGCAUUGCCUAAUAUCCAACUGAGAGUAGUUGAUGGGGAUUUAAAAAACUUGGGUCCCGGCGAGGUAGGAGAAUUACUCAUCAAAGGACCAAAUCUUAUGAGAGGGUACAAAAACAACCCAGAGGCAAAUAAAGAAGUGUUUGUUGAUAAUGACUGGUAUAGGAGCGGAGACCUGGUGAGCAUCAACGACCGUGGACUGGUCACUAUCGCUGAUAGAUUGAAAGAACUUAUAAAGGUGAAAGGGUACCAAGUACCACCAGCUGAAUUAGAAAACGUGGUCAAGGAAAACCCAGUAGUCGCCGACGCAGCUGUUAUAGGAGCCCCGGAUCCACAAACAGGAGAGAGGCCAAAGGCUUUCGUCGUCCUUAAAGAGGGAAGUAAAGCAACCGAACAGGACAUAAUCAAUUUUGUUAGUGAAAGAGUAGCGCCUUAUAAAAAAAUAAAAGAAGUUGUAUUUUUAGAUAAUAUUCCUAAGAACCCAUCGGGGAAGAUUUUAAGAAGGGUUCUUAAAGAAAAAUAUUGCUAAUUGUUUUUAAAUCAUUAAUUAUAUCGAUAGAGCACUGUAUGUCAAAAACUUGUUAACAUGCAGCUGCCAAAUUGGGCUGUCUCAAUUUGACACAUUUUUUUAUACUUGAAAUAAAAAAAAAUACGCGCCAUUUUUUCAGUGUUACGAGUAAUUAGAUUAAAAAUUACCAAGAUUUAAUUGAUUUAAAAAAAAAAUGGAAUUCGUAACUAUAGCUUCUGAUAUUAUAUAAAUAUACAUAUUGGUUAUAGAUUAAUAUGUGUAUAUUAAUUAAAAUGGCGAUCAUUUGCUAUUAUUUUCAAAACGAAAACAUAAGUCUGUACUUGGAGGUACUUGGAUAUAGAUUAAAGUAAUCAAUAAAAUAUAAGCAUCAUUACGAAUCAUUACUUUCUCUAUCAAAUAUAUUCUUAAGAAUUUAGUA